AUGGCGAUGAGGCUCUUAGCAUGGUUGCCUGUGGCAGCCUUGGGCCAUUCCUACCUUGCUUUACCUCCUUCCCGGAACUUACUUGCAAACUUGGCAGGUUUGGAAGAUUGCCCACACUGCUUGCAGUCAGGUGGCCCUGACAAUGUCAAAGCACGGGGAAGUGGCGUGUGGCCAACUCGCCUGGCACCAGGCUCUCACGGCCUCUGUGGCGACCCUGUCCAGGGAAGAAGCAAUCCUGUGAAACUUGAAGAUGAGACCUACCUCAAGUCUGGAGAUGUGACAGCAACCUACAGGGCAGGAGAGGUGGUGGAAUUCCAAGUGGCUGUGAGUACACAUCAUCAGGGGCACUACGAGUUCCGCAUAUGUGACAAGCCGCUUGAGGCAGGAUCGUUGGCUUCAGUUGCAGAAGGGCAAGAAUGCUUGGACAAGUGGUUGUUGCAGCGUGCACCGCCUUUGGCAGACUGCGUGAUCAAUGAUUCAAGAGGCGAUUGUCAGCCACUAGAUCCGAAGCAUCCGGAAAGAUGGUAUUUGCCACCUGCUGGAUCGCAGACACAGGUGGCCGGAAGGGACUUCAAUGACUCCAUGGCACCAAAAUACCCAUCAUCAGCAGAAGUGCACCGCAUGAGAUUCAAGAUUCCUGAUGACCUGCAAUGUUCCAGGUGCACCUUACAGUGGUACUGGUCAUCUGGGAACACCUGUUAUUACGAUGGUGAUUACUUUGACUAUUACCGUGGAAUAGCAGCCGUCGGAUGGGAUGCUGCAGCGUGGCAACCACAGAUUCUUGCAGACUGGGCAAACUGCGAGAACAGUUGCUGCCGAACUGGUGGAAGCUUUGGCGAGGAAUUCUGGAACUGUGCAGACAUUGAAGUAACCGCUGGUGGAAGUGGCCCCACGCCGACAACGCCAGAGCCCUCCACGACAAGACCGGCUGGAACAACCACGACCACCACCACCAGCACCACCAGCACCUCAAUCAGCCUCUCCAGCUUUUCCCCAGUGGAUGGUGGCGAUGGACGGGCUUGUCGAGGACAAAGCUCAGGAGACAACUCUGCAUCCUACUAUUCCGUGUUCAAUGGUUUGCCACGACUGGAUGAUUGCAAGGCAAAGUGUGUUGGGACAGGCGGCUGCGUUGGCAUCGAGCACAACUCGCGUGGACGCUGCGAAGUGUGGACUCGGCCUGGUGGAAUCCAGGCUUCGAUUCCCCUGACUGGUUUUACAUGCUUGCGCUUGGGCGAGUUGCCCACCACGACUCGACCGGUGCUGGGAAGCUUUGAAGCAGUCGGUACUGAGAACAAUCAGGCCUGCCGUGGAUCGAGUGCCAGAGAUAAUUCCCCAAGCUAUUACGCCGUCUUUUUUGGGACCUCGCUUGAACAAUGCAAAGUUCAAUGUGCGCUGGAUGAGAAUUGCCGCGGCAUCGAGCACUCAGAAAGGGGUAGGUGCGAGGUUUGGACCAGAAGCAUCGAUGCCAGUGCUGAUGUCAAUGGUUUCGCCUGCUACCGCUACACCCCCCCUGGUGCCACGUCUACCUCUUCACCAAGUGUUUGCUCACAGGCUUGGGCAGCUUGCGGUGGCCGAAACUGGGAUGGCCCUACUUGUUGUGAAGCUGGAUACGUUUGCCUCGCCGAAAGCAUUUGGUACUCGCAGUGCCGACCGGCCUCCGCUCUGGCCGAGCUGCCCGACCUUGCUCACAUCAAGAAGCACCGCCGCUUUCGCGGAACCACGUUCCUGCAAGAUGGAACGCAUUUAGACCGGACACCGGCGGACGAAGAACUCUGA